CCUCUGUCUCGGAACGAACUGGCCGCUUCUGCUGAGGUACAUCCCUAUUUCACUCACCUAUUGGUGGACGAGGCUGGACAAGCAUUUAUGGAAGAAUUUAAACUCAGCAGAAGAUGUGUAUUUUUUACAGUGGAUAAGAAUCAAAAUUUCAUCAAUUUCUAAAGGGUAGGUUAAACUUAAAGGUGUUCUUGCUGAUGUAUCAGAACUCUUCAUAUCCUUGGAGCCGGAGAUCGCAGUACCAUUAAAGGUAACAGGCGAAAGGUCCGUAGUCGUCCUCUGUGGGGACCCCAAUCAACUGGGACCCGUGGUGCGAUCUACCGUUGCGAAGAAGUUUGAGUUUCACCUUUCGACUCUCCAGCGGGUCGUUAAAAAAAGGGAGUUGCUGAGUACCUUCAUGGCACCAUGGCACAGCAAAGUAAGGUUAUGUUGAUGGUCGUCAUUUUCUUCAUUACGUUAGGUUACUAGAAUCUCAAUAUCAACAUUAAAUAUUUUAUUUUUCUCUUGUUCUCUAGAUAAGUCUGCUCGACUGCAAAAUAUGAAUAUUAUACAGAGUGAAAGGGAACAAGAUCGCAUCCACAUGACAAACAAGACGAGGUACUAACUACCGAGAUAGAAGGCGACCACAAAGGUGUAAAUAAGAUAGAAGAGCCCACAUCAGUGCUAAGAAUACAGACACGACAGUGGGGGCAGGAAGACACGUGGCAAGUCGAAGCCAGCAGGCUGCUGAAGACCUGGAAAAACUGGAGUUGUUAAAGAAAGGGUGCGUGUUUCUGUUACGGCCUCCGCUAAUGGUCCAUCUUCAGAGAAGGCAUCCUAGAAGAGAGGCUGUUUUGCAAGGGAAAGAGGCACCUAGGAUGCUAGUGGAUUCGCGCUUUUUUCAAGGGAAACAGGUACUCUCCCUGGAUACAGCCCGAGAGAUGGAUCAUUCGGGCGAGCGCUAAUUCUGAAGAUAUCCUAUCGCGCUCAUCCUCGUCUGGUCAAUUUGUAUUCAAGCUUGUUCUACAACAAUGCUACAACGUCCUGCGUGCACCAUGGAAUGCCCGAAGCAAUGCUCGAGUUUUCGCAACUCUCUUCUUUUAUGGCAGAUAACACAAUGCUACACCUUGUCUUGAUGUUAGCCGUGCCAGUCGAACAAUUCUUGUGGUGUUGAGUGACCUUGGUAGAUGAUAAAAGUUAUUAUCCCGCAGGUACACUAGGAGAACUACUAGGGAUGCAAAAAAAAGAACUUUUAGUUACAGGAGGUCAUUUACAACUUCAUGUUCACCUUUGUGGUGAAAAUUAAUUUACUGUUGCAGGUCUCUGUUUCCUUCUUGGAACUCAAAGGAAACGAACUCAUAUAUUUAUAACAAAUAAGAAAGUAAGUGCGCAUGACUCAUGAGCUUGCUCUAUCUUUAGUCAAAUAACAAGGAAGUACUUAUGAACUAUCUAUGUCAAUAUCUUGGUUUUAACGAGGACCUCUACUGGGAAGCGAGUGAAUGAAUCUGGGUGACGACCUAACCUCAUGAAGGGCAUGAAGGCCUCAGAAGUAAGAACUUACGGACCUUGAAGACCUCUAAUUCUCGGUCACAUCUGAGGACGAACCCAGAUUUUCCGUUUUUAUUCCACCAUGUUGAGGGGAAGGAGGACCGCGACUACGACAGCCCUUCGUGGUUCAAUACCGAGGAAAUUGAGGUGGUGUGGAGCUACUUGCAGUCUCUAUUCAACGAGUUCGGCGAAGAGGCUCAGUUUUGGAACCAGCAAAGCCAGACAGCUUAUACUUAAGCAAACAAGUUGUAGCACAACGUUGUUUUUGUUUGCAUUCUGGUUCACACCCAUUCAUUCUUGACUUUUUCCGAUUGGAAAAAGGACACCAAGGGAAUGAAUGAACAUCCUAAAUGCAAUAGUGUAGAACUACAGGAAUGCAAUGAAAAUUGUAGUGCAAUACCAUAUCAUAACAAAUGAUCGAUGUGCAGGACAUACAGCAUAACCUAACCACCCAUAAGCUCAUCUGAUGAUUCGAAUCUCUUCGGCUACUUGUCUGAGCCCUGAACCAAUCCCAUACCAAAUACACUGGCUUCCUAAAGCCGUAGUUCGCCGAACCAGCGAUGAUAAUCUCGUCUAAUACAUUGGCUUCUUAAAGCCGGAAAAUGUUGGCGUAAUCGCUCCGUACCACAAGCAAGUCCAGAAAUUGAAGGAAAGGCGCAAUUUGAGAGGCAGGGAGUUGCACGUGACCGCGCCAUCGACUCUCAAAAUCGGCACCGUGGAAAAUUUCCAGGGACAGGUACUUGUGUGCUGUUAGUUUAUUCUUAAGCACCUUACGUGCCAGUUUUUGUGAUCACUACAACUACUAUGAUCAUCUAAAGAGAUACGUCUUACCGAUCGAUAUCGGAUAGAAAUACUGACUCACCAAAUACCAUAAAUCUGUAUACUGUAGGAGAACGACUCGAUCUUUAUAUCUACAACAGCACCAAAAACUUCUUUAGGAAAACGGCGUGAUUUUUACAUCUACAACACUAAAAAAUUAGGAAAACGACGUGAUUUUUAUGUCUACCGUGCGUUCGAGAUUUCUUGAGGAAGUGAAGCAGGAUUUACGAAUGACGCUUGGUUUCGUCGGUUCGCGUCAACGGCUCAACGUUGCGCUGUCCCGAGCAAGGAAAUUACUAGUCAUUUUAUGGCAUCUUGAUCUUGCGUGCCCCACGAUUGGAUACACUACUAUUACUACUACUACAACCACCUGAGAAGCGCGUUUUUCUUCACUGCUAAUUCAUUUUCGUCACCUUGUGCCAUCAUACGCAUACCUGUAAUUUUUCGGCUCUCGUCCUCUGACGCUUACCAGUCAUUUCCAUCCGCCCCCAUCCAUUUCCAUUUUGCUUUCGUUCGAGAGGCACUAGUCUUGUUGUAAUCAAAAUUUUCUAAACGUGCCAGAUGAAUGGGUGAAUCAAUGUGAAAAAGCCUAAGAAUUUAUUAUAUUCUUUAACUUUACAAGAUGGAUAAUUGGGUUGAGUCAAGAAUCACAUGGCAUAUCAUGGAAAUUCAGUCUUUGAAAAAUGGAUCAUUCUCAUCGAUUGUGAAGGAUUUAGCUCGAUGUGAAGGAUCCAUAGCCUAACGCAACCUGAUUGCUUGAGCUCUAACACCCGUUGGAAAUGCGAAGUUACUGAGCCAGGACAGGUCGUGGAACGUCUUGCUCCGUAUCGCGUGUCGUUGCGGAGCCGUGAGGGGUGGCCUUCGUGAAGACGAUUUAAUUGAGCAUCAGAAUUAUGGUCCAAAGCUUGAUUCAUUUCCGAGUGUCAUUUCUCCUUUCUGUUUCCUUCCUUUUUAGGUCCUAAGAUGAGUAUCAAUCUGGAAUUGCCUACAGAAAUUCACGGGAGAAUAGAGCAUUACUUACUUCCCUGUGAUCCAGGGCCAACUCCUAUCCUAAAUAUCGAGAAAUGACCUACAGAAAUUGGAAUGACUUGCUUUGUUGUGGUAUCCCAGAUGUCUAGAGAUGCCAUAGAGAAUAAUUGGAAUGACUUACUUUGUUGAGCUCUCUAAGACAAAAGUAAGACAGUGGAGGAAUUUGACAAAGAACUGCUCCACCAGCAAGACGAUGCGACCGAUUUUUUCGCAAAUUGUGACCUGCCAUGGAGGAACGAAGAACAGAUUUGAGGAGCAACGGAGACAACAGAUUUGAGAUAGAUGUACUUGUUGACAUGAUGUCUCAUUGCGAUGAUGGUACGAAGAGGAGAUAAAGGAAAAUGAUACGCAGACCACAUACGAAGUAAGUACUUACAUAUUAUUCACUGUACUACUACUAACUAAUGUGGAAACCACAUCCCAAGCACCGUGCGAAAACGCAAAUUCUCCACGGCUAGUAGAAUUCGUACGUAAAAAUGAAUAACAUAACGUGACACAAGAUACUUGCCGACAUAUUAAAUUGCCUAAGCAGUUAGAUGGUGUGUGCAAGUAGUAUUUUAUGUAUUUUUCCGAGAAAUUCCUACCCCAAAAAACGCGCAAUUUACGACGCUUACGCAAGAUAGAACAUCUACUAUUCCGGUCGUCAGACGAUGUAUGACGAGAAGAUGAUACAAAAAAUUUUCGCACAACACGCACUUUUUUGCAAACUACAUCAUAAUGAAGCAGAUCGACCUCGAUUCUGAAGGAAUACAGACCAUUUCUUCUUUGUGUUGUGUUAGACCCGUGCUAUAGGCGAGAUGAUGAACCCUUAAAUGUGAAACGCAAGGAAAAGUAUGCAAUCUGAAAAGAAAAGAGAGAGAC